AUGAAAGCCCUUAUUCUUGUUGGUGGUUAUGGCACACGAUUACGUCCAUUAACCCUAACAAAACCCAAACCAUUAGUUGAAUUUUGUAAUAAGCCAAUGGUAUUUCACCAAAUCGAAGCUUUAGCACACGCUGGUGUUACACAUGUAAUUUUAGCUGUUAGUUAUUUAUCAGAUAUGUUACAACGAGAAAUGGAAGUCGAAGCUAAACGUUUAAAUAUAAAAAUAACACUUUCACAAGAAACAGAACCAUUGGGGACAGCUGGCCCAUUGGCAUUAGCACGUAAACAUCUCCAAUCAGAUAAUGAUCCAUUUUUUGUACUAAAUUCUGAUAUUAUAUGUGAAUUUCCAUUUGAUGAUAUGAUUAAAUUUCAUAAAAAUCAUCAAUGUGAAGGUACUAUUUGUGUAACAAAAGUUGAAGAACCAUCAAAGUAUGGUGUUGUUAUUUAUGAACAAAGUUCUGGUAAAAUUGACCGAUUUGUUGAAAAACCACGGGAAUAUGUUUCGAAUAAAAUUAAUGCUGGUUUAUAUAUAUUCAAUCCAACAAUAGUUAACCGAAUUGAAUUACGUCCAACAUCGAUCGAAAAAGAAACUUUUCCAGCUAUGGCAGAAGAUGAACAGUUGUAUGCCUUUGAACUUAAAGGUUUUUGGAUGGAUGUUGGUCAACCUAAAGAUUAUUUAACUGGCAUGAGUUUAUAUCUUAAUCAUAUUCGUCAUUCAUAUCCAGAACGAUUAGCACAUGAAAACAGUAUUGUAGGCAAUGUAUUACUGGAUCCAACAGCUAGAAUUGGUGAACGAUGCCAUAUAGGACCUAAUGUUGUUAUUGGUCCUCGUGUUAUUAUUCAAGAUGGUGUUUGUUUAAAAAAUUGUACAGUACUUGCUGAUUCAUUAAUUAAAAGUCAUACAUGGAUUUCUAAUUGUAUUGUUGGUUGGAGAUGUAGUAUUGGCAAAUGGGUUCGUAUGGAAAAUACAUCUGUUCUUGGUCUUGAUGUAUCCGUACAAGACGAAUUAUUUAUAAAUGGUGGUGUUAUAUUACCACAUAAAUCAAUUAGUGAAAGUGUUACGGAACCAAAAAUUCUUAUUUAA